CGUAGCUCUUGUUUUAGCCUAGCCACUCUUGCGAUGGCAGAGCAUCGUGCUUCUGCCUACAUGUUUGCAGUGGCGAUGGUCCUUGGCGUGCUCGCAGCCAUUCCGGCAGCGGUUCAGUCCAUCGGCGUGUGCUACGGCGUGAACGGCGACGGGCUGCCCUCGGCGAGCGACGUUGUGGAGCUCUACAAGUCCAACGGCAUCGCCGGCAUGCGCGUCUACACCGUCAACGACGACACCCUGCAGGCACUAAGCGGCAGCAACCUCGGCCUCAUCCUCGACACCGGCAACACGCAGCUCAAUGCCCUCGCUUCUAGCGCCUCCAACGCGGACUCCUGGGUCAAGGCCAACGUGCAGUCCCACCAGGGCCUGACCAUCAAAUACAUCGCCGUCGGUAACGAGGUUCCCGGUCAAGGCGGCAACCCGCGGGACAUCCUCCCUGCCAUGAAGAACAUCCGCAACGCGCUGGUCAGGGCCGGACUCGGCGGCAUCAAGGUGUCCACGGCCGUGAAUUCGGACACCGUCACCCAAGGGUUCCCUCCCUCCAAGGGCAUCUUCAAUGCCUCCGCCUCCCACAUGCCGCCCAUCGCGCAGUACCUCGCCAGCACAGGCGCGCCGCUGCUGGCCAACAUAUACCCCUACUUCUCUUACAAGGGCGACACCAGCCACAUCACCCUCGACUACGCCCUCUUCAGCUCAACGACCACGGUGGUGACGGACGACAACGGCAACCAGUACCAGAACCUGUUCGAUGCGCUCGUGGACACCAUGUACUCCGCGCUCGAGAGCGCCAGGGCCGGGACCGUCCCCAUCGUGGUGUCGGAGAGCGGGUGGCCGUCGGCCGGAGACGGCACGGUGGCCACCAUGGACAACGCGCAGAUGUACAACCAGAACCUCAUCAACCAUGUCGAGAAGGGGACUCCUAAGAGGCCUGGGAACAUCGAGACGUACAUAUUUGCUAUGUUCAACGAGAACAAUAAGAAAGGGGAAGAGACGGAGAAGCACUUUGGGCUGUUCAACCCGGACCAAUCGCCGGCGUACCCCAUCAUCUUCGCGUAAGUUUUGGGUAGUGGUAAGGAAAAGAUCUCGGAGGGGGCCAGGGUUCUGAAACAAAAUUUCAAUUUCGAUCUUGAAAGCGUCUAAACAUUUUGAAUAUAUAUAAUAUAUGGAGUAA